AAAAUAUAUAGGACCUACACAUCCUGUCGCAGGCCCCUGUCCGCUCUGUAUUCAUAACGGACAUAACAGAAUGAAAUUAAUUUUGUACAAAACACGACGACGACGAAAUUUCAUAAUGUCACAUUAAUCGAGCUCAGUAAUUCAUUGUGGUUUUUCAUGGCACACUUCCGUAUAUCUACUGCAAGUACCAACCUGGAACUUACCUGGGCUAGUGUUUAACACGUUACACCUUUGUGUUAGGGAUGUACCACCAUGGAAAUAGAAACUUUAGCAUGUCAAGGUAAAAACACAAAUAUAGUCCUACAGGUGUGAUACGUUACCUGGAUAUACCAUUUACCUGAUGCACGGACUACUGCGGUUUGUGUUUUAACCUACGGAUUAAAACUGGUAGACAGUGGUACCUAACAGCAUAUCACAAAGGAUUAAUACUUCCAUACUUCAUACUUCAGGAUUGGUUUUUGGAUGGAGAGAAAUGUGUUACGCCAUUGUAAUUGUCACGAGUUAGAGCAAUUUGUGCCUUAGGUCAAAAAGUGAACGCACGGCUUCUGUUUAAAAAUAGAAUUGUUCAUUAGUGAUAAUGAGUCUUAAAGAAAAUGUUUUACUCGGAUAGAAGUGUAUGAUAAUUGAAAAAAAAUCAUGGAAAAGUACAACGGUUUUACAUUGAAUUACUGUGAUAUUAGUCGUGCCGUAUGAUAAUAACAACGUAUAUUUUGGAGUUCAUACAGCUACUACGUUUAUAGAAGAUGGGGACUCCACAUUGGGUUUCCAUGUUUGAUGAUCCUCGGAAGUAUCCCGACCCUCCGUUUGUGUCCGACAAUUGUCUCAGCUCUAUCCAGGAAUCACGAUGUGACGAAUGGGUACAGGAUGUACGGAGAAUAUCUAAAGAAAGUCUCAUGAGUAGACCGCUACCUGAUAUCCCCCAACAGUCUCCAGGCCUCCCCCGGCGACUUUCUCCCGUUUGUAGCUUUGACAACAAAUGUUACAUUGACAAUCCUAAAGAAAUCCAUCGGAUGAAAUCUGUAGAUGACACGAAUAAACGAAGAAGAAGUAAACGUCAUAACAACGAUACAUCAAUUAAACGAGAGACCAAAAAUGACUUAAGAGAAACGUCUGUGACCUUGACACUUUCAGUUAAAAACGGAAGUAAAAAACAUAAAUACAGGGACCGAUAUGUGGGUAUGAACAAUGUGAACCAUUCCGAGGUGUCGACUGUGUUAAAUCAUAAACCAGGAUCCGGGGAUUCAUUCUCUCGUAAAGAAUCAGAGAACUCUGGAACAGAACUUGUUCGUCAGUUUUCCAAAAAGAAGAGAAGGCGAAAUGUGUGCAUUAUACCUAUGUUGAUAAUGACAGUUUUGAUAAUUGGAGGUUUAUUUACAGCCAUCGCUGUGGUAUUUAUGCGUCCAGGAGAGGAGGAAGCAGAAACAAACGAAGCUGGCUACAAAAUGGUUAUUGCCAGUGUACAACUCCGUCUACUGAAUAAAACCUUUAAUAAAGACAUGAGAAACAGGAAUACUAAGAAAUAUGCAGAAAUAGAGGAACCCUUAUGCCACGAGAUGGAUGGAAUGUUUUUAUUUAGUGAAUAUUCAGGAAAUUACUACGGGUGCAAAGUUCAAAUGCUAAGGUCUGGCAGUAUCCAUGUACUAGAAGAGUUAGUUUUCCGAGAAACAAAUGAGCUAAGGAAGCCUACUUCUAUACAAGGACUGAUUAAAACGUCAUCCCCGUCUUUUGAUUGGCAGGGAGUCAGGGUAAUUAAUGUAGGCGACUUUGUUGUGGACUACGAAAGCAUAAAUGUGCAGGUGGAUCUUCAAAAGUUUCAGGAACUUCCAAAGAAACCUUUGUUGAGCGUAGCCAAAGUAUUCAGUGAGGAUUCUUCAUCAACAACACAGACACCUUUGUCGUCAAUGCGGACAAUUGAUAGGCCGAAACUAUGGAAAUGGGGGAAAACCACAGCCGCACCGACUACUACUAGAAAGUCUGCUGCUAAACCUACGUCAAUGACAUCUGCAAUUGUACCAGAUCGUAGACAAACUCCAACAACAAAGGCACACAACCUUUCCCGAGAUAAAACUACUAAGCCUGACACGUACGAACCUUCGACACAGCCAACAACAACGACAACAAAGUUAUCGACAACAGCCAGAGAGCACUCUACCAUAACUUCUACGUCACCUACUACGUCACCUUCUACGUCACAGUUCCCAGUGAUCGCAGACAUAUUAACGUCAUCAAAAGAUGAACAUAACACAACAACAGUAGACACGCUAUUCAAAGAAGAAGGCUUUUCAACAACUGUACACACACCAUCUAUUAGCGGAGAUCCAUCUAUCAGCAUGUCCAACGCCGGGUCACCAGUUGCUGGGGGAUCAGUGGUUGUCCAAUGUGUACACAAAAACCUAGCCAGCUGGUCACAUCUCACUGUUACCCAUGAGCGAAAAGGGGGACGAAUAACUAAAGUACUAAAUGUGUCUUCUGACGGUAAUCCAGAUCCUCCAGACGAAAAGUAUACAAACAGACUUAUCGUCAAGCUUAAAAUUAGCCAAACUUCUGCCAGGGUCUCCCUUAACUUCACCAAAAUUGACUGUACAGAUGAAGGUGCAUAUGUCUGUAACGUCUAUAGCCCAGAGAGGACUCUGACUGAAAGAGGAUAUCUUUUUAUCAGAGCUUCUCCUACAACACCGAAAGUCACAAUGCCGUCAGAAAUAAUUGACCAGCGACAAAUAACGGGACCAAUAAAAUGUACAGCCAAUGUUGGAUAUCCCGUAGGAACCCUCAAGUGGUUUGUUAAACCACGUGGACAUACCGAAUUUAUUCCUCUAGACGUUUCAAAUAUAAAGUUUUCUGGAGAAUGUAAAAAUAUGGCAACGAGUGUUUUUAAACUGAUCCCAGCGAUGGAAGGGAACGGAACAGUACUUAAAUGUAAGGUUGUCAAUCCAUAUUUCCCUUCGGCAAAAAAUCUAUCGACUUCAACGAUUUGGAAGGUUGUUCCAGCUGAUUUGUGCCGUGGGAAGCCCGACAAUCACAUGACUCGACACCCGUACCGUUGUGACCAGUAUGUCAGAUGUAAGAACAACACGGUACACGUCCUCAAAUGCAAGAACAAACUUUGCUUCAACAUAGAGACAAAUUCUUGUGGCCAAGCAGGUAUUGCGAUGAAUGACGUGGUAGCGUACAUGAAUGAAGGCGUAACGUCGCUGACGUGUCGCGUGCAACACAUCGGUCCCUGGGAUGCAAUACGACUAAGGAAGGUCCUACCAUCUGGGGACAGGAUCCCGGUUGUUGUUGCAUCCAACAAAACAAAUGUAACGAUUCAAGAUCCUAACAUGCAAGGACGACUGUUUGCGGAUAUCCAAACAACAAAAUAUGAGGCGGAACUUAAAAUCUGGAUUUACACUUUACAUUGUGAUGAUGCGGGGACUUAUGUUUGUGAAGUUGAUGCAGACUACGUUUUACCUGAAUCUCAUGCACAACUAUCUCUGAAAGUUAAACCGAACCCGCCACAGAUAUCGAGUCCCAUAGAAAUUAUAGAGGGGAAGAGACUUCGGCAGACAUUUACGUGUGAGGGUGACGUUGGGUAUCCCUACGGCGACCUAAGAUGGGAGGUAAAAUACAAGGACCAAACCCAAUUCUCUAGAGUCUCUGUACCAGUGUUCAAUGACACACAGACCAAGUCCGUGGUAGGGAACUGUUCCAAGACGAUUAGACGUGAGCUGUCAUUCAUACCUUCAGAACAACAAGAUGAAAUGGUGUUAAGAUGUGUUGUUGAGAAUAAUGACGCAUUACCGAAGGGACAGACAUUAUGGGAUUCCUUCAAAGUUCAUGUCAUUCCAGCAAACUUCUGUAGUUCCCGCAAUACCACAUACCUGAUCCACCCUCACAACUGUCGGCAGUAUAUACAGUGUGCUCAGGGAUACGUGUAUGUCCGUCAGUGUAGCAUAGGUCUCUGUUUCAAUCCAGACACACAACAGUGUGACCUUCCGGAGCCAAUCGAGUCCUCCGUCUUUGAUCCUGAGUUUCCUUGCCAACCAAACAAAAACGGUGUGUACUAUCCUCACGCCUUCUUGUGUAACAAGUACACGUGGUGUGUCCAAGGAAAGGGAAUUCUCCAGCACUGUCCGUUAGGAACUCUCUACCUGGCAGACGGUCAAUGUACUUUUAAUACUGAACAGUCGCUUUGUUACAACAAGGAAAAGUCAUGAUGAUAUCCACUAAUCUGGGGAUAUGUUUCUUUUCUUAACAUUUAACAAGCAAUACAUUUCUUGCGAUGAUACUGGAUACAUUUUGCACAUCCUAACUUUAAUUAAUUUUGAGAGUUCGUAUUGUAUUGUAUCGAUGCUUUAUGAGUUUUCGAUGAACUUUACAAUGUGCGAUUAUUUAUUAAGAAAGUGAAUUACAAUUGAAAGUUAAAAUGACAUUUUAAAUUGUGCUGUGCCAUGGAAUUCAAUUUAAUGAAAACUACGUUUUUGUAUGAAUUGUAAAACUGUAGAAAAUACGUAUUUAUUAACAAGGGAGAAAUCAUACGUUCCUAUAAAAUGAUGUGACGCGGUCUACAGUGUGUACAACGCUGUGUGAUAUCACAACAAUUUUGGAUAUGAUCUCAAAGAUUGUUGUCGGAAGCAUAUCUUGAUGCUAUCUGAAGUGUUAAGAUGGCCCUAUCACCAUUGUUGUUGACAGCAGGAUCACCACUGUGUGUAGUACCGAUAUACCUGUGAUUGACGUUCUAUGAUAACGCAAGACAUCAUACAUAAUACACACGUCGGAGCACAGUGAUAGGUGUUUCGUGAACCCUAUUUGCCAUAACUUGAUGAAACAUUGAUACCAGAUGAAAGGUGAUCGUAUUGACCUCGCGAUUGAAAAAGAGUUUUCGCAGACUUUUCCUAACGAAAUAUCUUUUUUUCAAUAAGACUCUUGUCGCAUCAAAGAUUAUGUGGUUUGGAUCAAGCAAAAAAGGAUUUGUGUCAGAGGAAUUCAACUAAUGAUGCUGAUCAAUAUCAGUCUAUAGUUGCCAUGUUGGACACUUAACUCGUAAACAGGAAGAAGUUUAAGACAUUAGUGAGAUUCUUUCGAGUUAAAUAAGAGUGUUAAUGCUAUUUUGCUGGUAAUUUGUUGGUUAAAUGUGUCAACAUUCUGCAAACAGUAUAAGUUUACAUUCAUAUUUAUAGCUACUGUAUGUAAAGUCACCACAAAGGUAACACGUGAGUAAGGUGAUAACGUUACUACAAGAAUAAUUGUGUGUUCAUGUAAAUCACGUAGAUGUAUUUUGUGUUACUUAUCGUAAACAUAGAAAUUGUUAUAUUUUGUGGUUUAUAUAUAACCAUCAAUGCUAAUCGGCACCUAUCGAAAUAUGUAUAUGAAAAUAUUUAAAUCAAAUUAAUUCGAGAAAAAAAAUUUUGUGUAUGUAUAACGCAUUAGGUUGGACAGUAUGCUAUAUAGUUAUACUGAAUAUUUUGCUUUAUAUUUGCUUCCAAAAUACCAAAACGUAACGUCUUGGUGCGUCAGCCGAAGAAAUGACAUUUUGAAAUGAGCUCGUCAUUGUUUUUGCCCCAUUAGUAAGGUUCUAGUCAUAGCAUUCUGAAUAUUACAUGCAUUUGGUCCACGUCCAUAUAGCGUCGGUUUUAAAAUAAGAUAUGUACGAUGAUAUAUAUGUCGUGUAUCUAUUGAGGAUUGAUUUAGCUUUUCAGUUGCAUACACAAUUCAUACGUUGUUCCAUAUACAAUUCUUGUUACUUUGUAUUGUUUAUCAUAAUAAAUAAUACAUGAGGUGAGUUAUACUAUUCAUUCCAAUAGGAACCAUUAUUACAAAGGGGCAUAACUCUGUUAAAUUGCAUUGAUAUCGACAGGUAACUAUCGGUUGCACACAUCUGAUGAUAUAUCAUUUUUAAAUGUUAUGAUUAACAAAAAAACACAUAGAAAAAGCUGGACGAACUAUUAUCCAAAUAGCAUGGGAAAUAGUGGUGAAAACCAGAAUGUGUAUACAUGUUGCGCCUUGACAAUGAACAGGCUGGCAUAUCAUAAAAUCAAUGCGAUCGCUAUUAUAGGAAUAUUCCACGUUAACAGCAAAUCGAGGGAUAAUUUGAUUUCACUAUACACAGGCGAUAAUAUUUCCUGGACACAAAAUAUCAGAUAUUACUACAAAAACCAUUAACUUUAAGACGUUUAUUUGAAUUAUACCUGUUUGAAAUGUAUCACAUAUUAAUGAUUUUUUUUUAAAAUAAAUCGUUUGAAUUGUA